AUGAUUUAUCCCAUGGCAGUGCUACCGGCCAGUUUAGAAGCAAUUUCCGGCAUUGCCAGCCGUUUACAAAAGGGUGCCGAAAUGUUGAAAUAUAUGAAUAUGUCAGUGGAUCCAUGUGAGGAUUUCUACGAAUUUACUUGUGGCAAUUGGAAUCGUUAUCAUUCGGCAGCAAAGGGUGAUGCCACUUCGACGGGAUUACUGGAGAAUUUACAAAAAUCCUUAAGUGAAAAAUUAAUGGAGAUUUUGGUAACCCCAGAACAAGUAGAUACCCUGGUGGAUCGUAAGGUCAAAGAUUUCUAUAGAUCAUGUUUAAAUUUGGCGGCAUUGAAAAAUAAUUAUGCUUUGAAAUUACGGGAAUUAAUUGCGGAAUUUGGUGAAAUGCCAGCCCUGGCGGAUUUAUCCCUGGGCAAUCAACAUGUCUAUUUGGAUAAGAGCAGUUCCCAGCUGUUGCAAGGUAUUACAAUUGUGGUCUAUUCCCGUCUCAUCGAUUUCCUCGGCAUGGAAGUGGAAUUGGCCAAACGAACAGCAAAAGAAAUAAUUGAUUUUGAAAUAGCCCUGGCUAGGGGUAUUGAGGAUGUCAACACUGCCACGGAUUAUAGAGAUGUUAUUGCCUUGGAUACCAUCGAUUCCUUGCAGCAGAAAUAUGCAGGAUAUUUGGAUUUGAAGAAAUUGCUGUAUCUCUCCUUUGGCAGUCUACCCAAUCUGAAGGUGUAUUCAAAUCCCAAAUAUCUAAAACAUCUAAUCGAUUUAAUGCAUGUGACACCUCGACGAGUUGUGGCGAAUUAUAUUUUCUAUAAUUUGAUUAGGAAAUUCCUGGUAGAAGUACCCAAGACACAGCAGAAAUUACAAGAGAAUUGUUUGAAGGGAAUGAAACCACGAUUCUUUAAAAUAUUCGAUAACAUGAUUUAUCGACGUUUUAUGUCGCGGGAAAUUGAGCAAGGUAUCCAUAGUAUGUGGGAGGAAAUAAAACACACAUUUAAACAAAAUUUGGCAUCAUCGAAAUAUCAUUGGAUCGAUGGCCAGAUACGCCGCUAUGCCAUUGAAAAAGUCAAUGCCAUGAAAAUGGAUAUUGUCUC